CCUCUCUACGUCGUUAUCAAUGAUCGAGUUUACAUCUUUCUCCUCUCCCUACCCGUCGUGGAAUAACAAAAACAACAACGUAGACGGACGGACAGCGAGCCGCAUAAUCUGACAGUUGAAAAAACGCUUUCGGUUCCGAUUUGUGUAGAAUAAUAUGUCGCAAGGGUUGUUCGUCGGGGUCGACGUUGGCACGGGCAGCGCCAGAGCAGCGCUGGUCACUGCCGAGGGAAAGGUGCUCGCCACGGCCACCAAAAAUAUUCAGAUUUGGACUCCGAGGCCUCAUUUCGCGGAGCAGUCGUCCGAGGACAUCUGGAGCGCCGUUUGUCAAGCGACAAAGAAUGUUUUAAAAGGUCAAGAUGCAAGGAAUGUCAAAGGUAUCGGAUUUGACGCUACCUGUUCUUUGGUCGCACUGGACAAAACCGGACAGCCCAUUUCAAUUAGUCCAACAGGUGCAAACCAGCAGAACAUUAUCAUGUGGAUGGACCACAGGGCAGAGGAGGAGAUCAAAGUGGUCAACGCCACCAAAAACAAGGUCCUUGAUUUCGUUGGAGGCAAAAUUUCACUUGAAAUGCAAAUUCCUAAAUUGCUUUGGCUCAAGAACAAAUUCGGCGCUGAAUUUUUCAAAAAAGUUGACCACUUUUUCGACCUUCCAGACUUCUUGACCUGGAAGGCUACCGGAGUGACCUCAAGGUCGCUUUGCUCGUUGGUCUGCAAAUGGACAUAUCAGGUCGAGGAACAUCACAAAAAUGGCUUUUGGGAUCGCGAAUUUUUUGAUCAGGUCGGUCUAGGUGAUUUGAAAUCAGAGCAAAUCGGGCUCGACGUGCGAAUGCCAGGCUCCGUCAUUGGAACCCUGACCUCGGAGGCUGCUGCCCAACUCGGGCUGACCUCGGAGGUCAAAGUGGGCACCUCGUUGAUUGACGCUCACGCUGGUGCGCUCGGCAUGAUCGGCUGCAACGCUGCCGGCACCACCACAAACUUCGUCGAAAGAUUAGGAUUAAUUUGCGGCACUUCGUCGUGUCACAUGGCGGUGAGCGAGAAGUGCCUUUUUGUUCCUGGCGUUUGGGGACCCUAUUUCAGCGCAGUCCUUCCUGACCUUUGGCUCUCUGAGGGUGGGCAGAGUGCGACAGGUCGUUUGCUCGACCACGUCAUCCAAUCUCACCCAGCGAGGGACAAUUUCAAAGACAAAAAUCUAAAUGAAAUUCCAGCCGAACUGAAUAAAAUUUUAGAGAGCAUUCCUGCGACGGAUUUGACCAGCAAUUUGCACAUUGUGCCUGAUUUUCAUGGAAAUCGCUCGCCUUUGGCCGAUUCUACCAGAAAGGGAAUGAUGUCUGGAUUGGAUUUUGACACUUCAACCACGAGCCUCGCCACCCUUUAUUUGGCAACCAUCCAAGCCAUUGCGUACGGAACGAAGCAUAUCUACGAGACUCUUCAGAAACACGGACACAAACUAAACGUUGCUCUGAUGUGUGGCGGUCUGGCAAAAAAUCCCGUUUUUGUUCAAACGACAAGUGACGUGUUGGAAAUGCCCGUAUUGCUGCCCGAAGAGCCGGAAUCUGUGUUGCUCGGAGCAGCGAUUCUUGGUGCAACGGCCGCCGGUGCCUUUCCCACUGUACACCAAGCGGCCAUCAGUAUGGGUGGCGCGGCCACGAAAAUUCUGCCUCAACCCACCACGCAAGAGUUCCACCGGAAAAAGUACAAAGUGUUCCUGAAAAUGCUGGAUGACCAAGCAAAGUAUAAGGAAAUGAUGAGUGAAUAAAAAUAAUUUUCAAUUUGCUGAGAUUACCCACCCAUUGAAUAAAAUUAGUCAGAAUAAGAAUUUUUUUAUGCAUUUCU